AAGAACCCUAGAGAGAGAGAGAGAGAGAGAGAGAGAGAGAGAGUUGAUCAGUGAGCAGUUAUUUCCUGCUUAAGAAACAUUCACAGUUUUUAAAAAAAAAGUAUCGUGAAGUCCGACGACGAGAUGGAUGGUCAGCCCAGACUGGUGAACGUAACCUGGACUCCCCAGAUCAUCUUGCUUCGAACAGAUCUUCCCCUGUAUUACAUCUGUCAGGGAGCGGGAGUGUUUAUGAACCAGCAGCCAGUUUACCAGGAGAGGAGCUCCAGUUUAGCACAGCAGGAACCAGAACCUCUGCAGAUUAAAGAGGAAGAAGUGGAAAUGGAGAAUCCUCAAAUACAAGAGAAGCAUAAGGAACUUAAAAAUGAACAGAUUAAAGAGGAAGAACAAGAACUUACCUUAACUGAUGGGACCAGUCGAGAUGAAGAGAAGCUUAACUUGAAGACAGCGACUGAGGCCUUAAUAGAGACUCCUGCAUUUGAGGAAAAAGAUCACAGUGAUCCAGAACCAAAAAGCAACAUUGUAGUCUCCCAGAUCAUGACUGAAACUGAGAACCAAGAUCGGGAAGAAAGCAAUCCUGAAGACGAAGAAUCAAGCGGAAAUGAAGAGAAAAUCAAACAGCUUAAUGAAAAUUCUACAACUUUAGUGUUAAAAAAUAGCGAGGAAAUUCACACAGACAAUGUGUAUUCUUGUGUAAUUUGUGAUGAAUCUUUCUCUGAAAAAAAAUUAUUGACUAAACACACAAGAAUUCACAGAGUAGAGAAACCUUUCUCGUGUAAGACUUGUCAAAAAGUCUUCAGUAAAAUAAGUAAAUUAGCUUGUCACAUGCGCUCUCACACAGAUGAAAGGCCUUUCUCGUGCGAUACCUGUGGAAAAACGUUUGCUUAUAAAAGUACUUUAAAUAAACACGUGAAAACCCACGCACCUCGAACGCCACACAUGUGCAACAUAUGUGGGAAGACUUUCAUCCAGAAAAAUGCUUUAACCUGUCAUGUCAGAUUCCACACAGGUGAGAAACCUUACUUGUGUAAUGCUUGUGGAAACACUUUUUCUCAAAAAGCUACUUUACAUCGUCACAUGAAAAGUCAUGUUGCUGAGAAACAUUUCCCGGGAGGGGGAGUAUUUAUGAACCAACAGGCAGUUUACCAGGAGAGGAGCUCCAGUUUAGCCCAGCAGGAACCAGAAUCUCUGCAGAUUACAGAGGAAGAACAAGAACUUACCUUAACUGAUGGGACCAGUCGAGAUGAAGAGAAGCUUAACUUGAAGACAGCGACUGAGGCCUUAAUAGAGACUCCUGCAUUUGAGGAAAAAGAUCACAGUGAUCCAGAACCAAAAAGCAACAUUGUAGUCUCCCAGAUCAUGACUGAAACUGAGAACCAAGAUCGGGAAGAAAGCAAUCCUGAAGACGAAGAAUCAAGCGGAAAUGAAGAGAAAAUCAAACAGCUUAAUGAAAAUUCUACAACUUUAGUGCUAAAAAAUAGCGAGGAAAUUCACACAGACAACAAUGUGUAUUCUUGUGUAAUUUGUGAUGAGUCUUACUCUGAAAAAAAAUUAUUGACUAAGCACACAAGAAUUCACAGAGUAGAGAAGCCUUUCUCAUGUAAGACUUGUCAAAAAGUCUUCAGUAAAAUAAGUAAAUUAGCUUGUCACAUGAGCUCUCACACAGAUGAAAGGCCUUUCUCGUGCGAUACCUGUGGAAAAACGUUUGCUUAUAAAAGUACUUUAAAUAAACACGUGAAAACCCACGCACCUCGGACGCCACACACGUGUAACAUAUGUGGGAAGACUUUCAUCCAGAAAAAUGCUUUAACCUGUCAUGUCAGAUUCCACACAGGUGAGAAACCUUACUUGUGUAAUGCUUGUGGAAACACUUUUUCUCAAAAAGCUACUUUACAUCGUCACAUGAAAAGUCAUGUUGCUGAGAAACAUUUCCCGGGAGGGGGAGUAUUUAUGAACCAACAGGCAGUUUACCAGGAGAGGAGCUCCAGUUUAGCCCAGCAGGAACCAGAAUCUCUGCAGAUUACAGAGGAAGAACAAGAACUUACCUUAACUGAUGGGACCAGUCGAGAUGAAGAGAAGCUUAACUUGAAGACAGCGACUGAGGCCUUAAUAGAGACUCCUGCAUUUGAGGAAAAAGAUCACAGUGAUCCAGAACCAAAAAGCAACAUUGUAGUCUCCCAGAUCAUGACUGAAACUGAGAACCAAGAUCGGGAAGAAAGCAAUCCUGAAGACGAAGAAUCAAGCGGAAAUGAAGAGAAAAUCAAACAGCUUAAUGAAAAUUCUACAACUUUAGUGUUAAAAAAUAGCGAGGAAAUUCACACAGACAAUGUGUAUUCUUGUGUAAUUUGUGAUGAAUCUUUCUCUGAAAAAAAAUUAUUGACUAAACACACAAGAAUUCACAGAGUAGAGAAACCUUUCUCGUGUAAGACUUGUCAAAAAGUCUUCAGUAAAAUAAGUAAAUUAGCUUGUCACAUGCGCUCUCACACAGAUGAAAGGCCUUUCUCGUGCGAUACCUGUGGAAAAACGUUUGCUUAUAAAAGUACUUUAAAUAAACACGUGAAAACCCACGCACCUCGGACGCCACACACGUGUAACAUAUGUGGGAAGACUUUCAUCCAGAAAAAUGCUUUAACCUGUCAUGUCAGAUUCCACACAGGUGAGAAACCUUACUUGUGUAAUGCUUGUGGAAACACUUUUUCUCAAAGAGCUACAUUAAAUCGUCACAUGAAAAGUCAUAUUGCUGAGAAACGUUUCCCGUGUUCAAUCUGUGGAAGAGGUUUCAAUCUGCAAUAUUCUUUAAAUAUUCACAUGAGAACUCACACAGGUGAGAAGCCUUUCCCAUGUGUGUCCUGUGGAAAACAUUUCACUCAGAAAAGUAGUCUAAAUUUUCACAUAAGAAGUCGCACAUGUCAGACUUCUGGUCAAAGCCACGUGCCAACUAACACGUCUAAGAGACGUUUCCCUUGUGUGUCCUGUGAAAAAACGUUCAACAAAAGAUCGGAGGUCACACGUCACAUGAGGUCUCACACGGGUGAAAGGCCUUUCUCUUGUACGACGUGUGGAAAAGGUUUCAGUGUAAAAAUGGCUCUAAAACUUCACAUAAGAGUUCACACAGGUGAGAAGCCUUUCACCUGUACGAUCUGUGGAAAAAGUUUCAGACAAAAACAUAAAUUAACUUGUCACAUUAGAGAUCAUAAUGGCGAGAAGCCUUUUGCAUGCCUGGUCUGUGGAAAUGCUUUUGCAAGAAGGUAUUCGUUGAACUAUCACCUGCAAACCCACCACGAUAAAGUGUAACCAUGUAAUAUUUUCAAGCAUUGGGGUGUUGAUUAACUCACAACUUAGAAGCUGGAAUAACUGAAUAAUAAUCACAGUUAAGUUCAUAACCUCUUUUUUUAUUUUUUAAGUAGCGACUUUAGUAUAUAUUUUACUUCCAAUGAGAAGAAUGUAAUAUUUUCUAGAAACUUCCUAUUCUAAAGGAUUAAAAACUGAAAUAUAAGUAGGCAGUACAUCUUAGCUGAAGAAUAAAGGUGUAUGAAAUUGUGGACAAGAAUUUUGUUAUCUGCUUUGUGUUUUCAACCUUCCAGUCGGUUGUGUCAGAUACCCACGUUGUGGUUCUGCUGGAGGUUUCUUUAUGUCUCCACUGUUGCCACAUGCAUGCUAGGUGUGAGAGAUUACCGGAAAGUCGACUGAAUACUGCAAUGUAAUCUGCUGGGAUUCCUUUGAAAUAGAAAACUUUCUAAUCUUAUUUGAAUAAUUAAGUGAACUUGAUACGUUGUUUGAUAACGAGGAUUCAUUUGAACGUGUGUGAUUGAAUUGAAAUGACUUUUCUCUAAAGUGUCUUGAUUUGUUGUAAAUUGAUGCAAAUGUAAAUAAACUGAUUUGGAUUAAA